AUGGCAUCUUCUUCCAACAAUUUUCACUAUCAUUAUGAUGCAAAUGAUGAUAGUUUAGAUCAAAUUUUUCAAGAGCAAUUUGAUAAAGAAUUAGAAGCUGCUGCAGAGGAAAUGCCGGCCCCAAAGAAUAAACGUAUCUAUAUCGAUAGAAAGCGGGAAGAAGGUCACAAUCGGUUAUGGAACGAUUAUUUUAGUGAUAAUCCGACUUACCCAGAGAAGUUAUUUCGUAGACGAUUUCGAAUGAACAAAUCAUUGUUCUUGCGUAUUGUCAAUCGUCUCACUGCAGAAGUUCCAUAUUUUCGACCAAAAAAGGAUGCAACCUUCCGGGAUGGUGUAUCACCGUUACAACAAUGUACUGCAGCUAUUCGACUAUUAGCAUAUGGGGGUGCGGCGGAUGGUGUUGACGAAUAUAUACGUAUUGGCGAAACAACGGCUCGUGAAUGUUUGGAACACUUCGUCGUCGGAAUAGUUGACUUGUUUGGCGAUGAAUACCUACGCCGACCCACAGAAGAUGAUCUGCGAAGGCUACUCUUUUAUGGAGAACGACGGGGUUUUCCCGGGAUGGUUGGCAGCAUCGACUGUAUGCACUGGAAAUGGAAAAAUUGCCCAACCGCUUGGAAAGGAAUGUAUUCACGAGGCACCGAUAAACCAACAAUUGUUUUGGAGGCGGUGGCUUCAGAAGAUCUAUGGAUAUGGCACGCAUUUUUUGGAGCGCCAGGUACUUGUAACGAUUUAAAUGUACUUGACCAAUCACCAGUAUUUAAUGACAUUAUUUACGGUCGAGCUCCCGAACUGAAGUACAAUGUCAACGGAAGGGAGUAUAAUUUGGCUUACUACCUGACGGAUGGCAUUUACCCCGAAUGGGCGACAUUUGUUAAAUCCAUCCCACAACCACAACACCCGAAACAUCGUUUGCAGAACAUCAAGAAGGUGUGCGAAAAGAUGUUGAGCGUGCAUUCGGAGUCCUCCAAUCUAGAUUCGCGAUAA